AUGCCAUUACCACGAGAUGCCAGUAUCAAUUACUGCCUCAUGAAAAGACACAAAUCCACCUCAACCAAGCAUCAUACAUCACUGACGCGGUAUUGCCCGCUAAAAGUCUGCUUCACCCAGAAAGUAGCACCUAAGUCUUCUUCACCCUCACUAUAGACUUACGGUGAGCUCUCAGCGAAUCAGGAAGCUACGUGAAGUACUCACUGUUUGCCAAGACCGCUUAGCACGUGAUCGUAGGCGGUGGUCAUAAAAGUUGUCUCGCCGCUCGCCCUCCUCUCUUCUUUCCUCUCCAACAGACUCUAACAAGGUGACAGGACAUCAAGAGCUUCCCGCCUGCCACAUGCCUCCAAUGGCAAACAACCCCAAAGAUCCCCGGGGAUCUUCCAACGACAACAACAAUCAACACCAUCCGUCACCUCCACCCUCUCCGCCUCCACCAUCCCUUCCCCCAAAACCACCAACUUCUGCCCUCCCUCCCCCUCCCUCUCCACAGUCUGCGCCAUCCACGCACUAUCCGGCGUACUAUCCGGCGUACUAUCCGGCGCACUAUCCGGCGUUUGGGUACCAGCACCCUCAAGGGGUGCUCACGUACCCUCAAAACUACUACCAGUACCAGGCUCCACCGCCACAACCACCACCUGCCCAGUUCCCGCAGGUGCCUGUUGGGCAGCCAAGGCGAGAUAACAGGACGAAAUACGCUGAUGUCGGCGCUCCUCUCCCCACCAAUCCACGUACUUCUCGUCAGCCAAAUCCUCUCCCGCGCAAUCCAGUACUCCCAGCCAAGCCACCUGGACCUCUCCCGGCAAGCCCUACUUCAAACUCCCUAGAGCCUGCGGAUGAUGCUAGCAAGACCAUGGACGAUUCCAAACCUGCAGAAGGUGCUAACAAGGCCACGGAGAAUCCAGACAAGUCUGCAGCCGACAAAAAAAAGGAAGCUAAGAAGGAGGCUCCGAAAAAGCAAGACUCCGAUUCCUACUUGGGUCCUCUCUGAGCCGAAGCGAAUUCAUAACUAUAAUUGGAUGCGACCUGGACUUCUAAGUUACUUGUACAAGAUCGAAAUCCGCACUUUGAAGCCGACUAAAAUACAGGUGACCUCCGAUGGAGGCUUCACUGAAGUCGUCUCAUACAGCAUCCAAAUCGACGGUUCUAUCAUGGUUCCCGGCGGUCCCCCACAGUUGACCUCGCAUCAAUUGCCUUUUGUUUUGCCCCCCGAUUCUGAACCCCAGGUUCUUGACUGGAAUAGUCGAAUUUCGCCGAAGUUCCCGUUU